GCUAGACCAAAGCCUAUAAUAUCUCAUCGCCAUCUCUCCCUCUGCAGCCAGCAGCAGCAAACCCCACGACCUGCGGGAACCGUCCCCUCCCAUAGAACUCGAGAAUCUUCUCCUCGGCGCCAUUCCCAGCGGCGGCGAUCGCAUCCGAAUUUCAAGGUUCAGGCACAAGGAGAGAUGGCAACUCUAACGAGCCUUACCUCAAACGCAAACCCGAACAAGUCAUUCGAGGUCCUGCCUAAUCCAGGCGACUCUCUCUCUAGCCUCAGCUUUAGCCCCAAGAGUAAUCUGCUUGUGGCAACUUCCUGGGACAACCAGGUGAGAUGUUGGGAGAUAGCCAACGGUACCAGUCAGGCAAAGGCGUCCAUAUCGCACGAUCAGCCAGUACUCUGUUCGGCUUGGAAGGAUGAUGGCACGACUGUCUUCUCUGGAGGCUGCGAUAAACAGGUCAAAAUGUGGCCUCUGCUGUCUGGUGGGCAGGCUCAGACGGUUGCAAUGCAUGAUGCACCUGUCAAGGACAUCGCAUGGAUAUCUCAAAUGAAUCUUCUUGUCUCAGGAAGCUGGGACAAGACACUAAGGUAUUGGGACACGAGGCAAGCAAAUCCAGCCCAUGUCCAGCAACUGCCAGAUCGUUGCUACUCUCUUGCAGUGAAUUACCCCCUCAUGAUUGUGGGAACAGCUGAUCGCCAUAUUGUCAUCUUCAACUUGCAGAGUCCUCAGACGGAGUUCAAGCGUAUUCAGUCACCUCUAAAAUACCAGACACGGUGUGUUGCUGCAUUCCCUGAUCAACAAGGAUUCCUGGUGGGCUCCAUUGAAGGGAGAGUUGGUGUGCAUCAUAUUGAUGAUGCACAGUCAAGCAAAAACUUCACAUUCAAAUGUCACAGGGAAGGAAAUGACAUUUUCUCUGUCAAUUCACUCAACUUUCACCCUGUUCAUCACACAUUUGCCACUGCUGGAUCUGAUGGUGCUUUCAAUUUUUGGGAUAAGGAUAGCAAGCAGAGACUGAAGGCUUUUAGUCGGUGCCCUCAACCAAUUUCUUGCAGUACCUUCAAUAACGAUGGCUCAAUAUUUGCUUAUGGGGUCUGUUAUGACUGGAGCCGUGGCGCUGAAAACCAUAAUCCUGCAACUGCAAAGACAUCCAUUUAUCUCCACAGUCCACAGGAAGCCGAGGUGAAAGGAAAGCCAAGAAUCGCAACUGGACGGAAGUGAUCUCAUCCUGGCUAACAAAAGUCAGUAGGUGUACAACAGAUCAUGUAUAUUCAAGGGCCUUGUUUCGCUCUGCUGUGUCCUCUGAAUUUCUUCCUUUGGUUCGACCAUCCGGUAGAUGUGAAGUCCACUCCUAGCUCCUAGCCACCGAUGAUAGGGACUUAGCUGUGAGUCGUAGCACAUAGGUGUUUCUGUAAUGCAUAGUUAUCCCAAGAUAUUGUUUUCCUGUGUUUUGUGAUAUAAUCAUAUCAGUGUGUACUCUUGAUUUUA